AUGGAAAAUGAAACAAUCCUGCAUGCAAGUAGACCCUUCUUCUUUUCAAUCUUCAUUGUAAAUGCUCCUUGAACUGUCCUAGCAAUCUCUAUUGCUGUGAUGUUCCUUCUUUCUGUGAUUACCUUUGUUUCUGGAGCAAUGGAAAAUAGCCAAGAGCACAGAAGAGAUUACCUUGUGUGGGAUGCUACCCCUGUAAAAGAAUACGAUAUGCAAUACUUGGCUGAAGAGAAAGUCCAGACAAACUAUCCAGAUGGGGUGCAACCUCUAAGGACUACACUUAAUGAAGUGGAAACUACUAACCUAAUCUACGAAUGUGAUAAUUGCUCAACUUUGCUUACAGUAGAAAAUCUGCAAAAGAUGUAUGAAGUAGAGAAGAAAUUCUUUGAACUCGAAGACUACAGCAAGUUCUGUAAAGCAGCUAGCAGCACCGAUUCAUCAUGAGACUCAAGUGGGUGGUCUUCCUUUGUUAAGAAUAACUUUGAGUCAACCAUUAGUACCCUCACACAGGCUCAGAUUGAUGCAAAACUGGCAGAUAUUUCAGCAAAUUCUGCUGUGUACUAUCAAAACAACUACUUCUUUGAUGAAUCUUUUUCACAAUCCAACACUAUUUCAAAGAAGAUGAGAUCUAUAUUUUUGUUUGCAAAUCCAAUUGAAUAUGAUGGUAGAAGGUACAAAACUUUUAAUGAGGAUGAACGCGACCAAGAAAGUGCCUUUAUUGAAUUCUCCAAGAAAGCUAGAAGCGAACUCAUUAAUAUGCCAGCAAACUUCGAAAUUAAAUUUUACAAUAAAAGAUGGUAUGAAGGUGUUAUUGAUGAUCUCACGCUUGAAGAUGUAAGACUCUUGGCUGCUAGCUUCGCAGCAGUAUUUAUUUAUGUAGCCUUCCAUCUGCAGAGUGCAUUCUUAGCAUCUGUAGCUAUGCUUGGCAUUGCUUUAUCUUUACCAGUGGCAGUAUUUAUUAACAGAUUCAUAUUUCAGGUUACCAUCUUUAAUUUUAUCAACUACAUUUCCAUCUUUGUGAUCCUUGGAAUUGCAGCUGAUGACGUAUUUGUAUUUACUGAUUGCUGGAAGCAGUCAGCAACUUUUGGCCAGCUAAAAGAAGAAGGUGACACAAAGAUCGAUUGGCUUCGCAAAAGAAUGAACUAUACAUGGAGGAGGACAUCCAAAGCUAUCCUGACAACGUCUCUGACAACAUGUAUGUCCUUUUUAGCAACUGGGUUUAGCAAGUUAUUACCAAUCUCAGCAUUUGGGUUCUUCUCUGCUAUGUUUGUAAUGAUGCUUUACGUAUUCACCAUCACUAUUUACCCAUGUUGCAUCAUUCUGUUCGACAAAUAUCUAGUUAACAGGUGAAAGUAUUGUCCAUAUAUCAGAUAUCUCCUAUUAUGAAAAUGCUGUUGUCACAGGAGCAAAGACUCCGAAAAAGAAAAUGAAGAUGCUUCGGAGAAUGAUAGUGAAAAAUUUGAAUCCCCAGUCAAAAAAGUUCCUUACAUUUCCAGACCCAAUGGAGACAACCCUUCAGGUCAUUCUGUAAGGCAGAGUGACGGGUAUGAUACUAAGCCUAAGACAAAAGGAUCCUCCAACAACCCCUCUGAGAAUAACAAAGAAGAGGAAGAUCAUGAUGGAGGUGAAGAUUCCCAAAAUCCAAAUAAUAUUUCAAGAAGGAUCUCUCAUGAAAUCGAAAACGAGAUAGACAAAGGAAGGAAAGAGACCAAGGCCAACGAUGAUGAGCCGGAGAUUGAAGAACUUACACCUAUUGAGAAGUUCUUCCGCAAUUAUUGGAACUCAUGGAUGAACAAGUUCAAGUUCCUUAUCUUUGCUGUCACAAUAAUCUGGGUAAGCUUUGCAAUCUGGAGAGUUACCAGGUUCAAAACUGCUAAAAAUCCUAUUCAAAGACUUGAGAGUGACCAUCCCCUCGAGGUUCUUGAUCAUAUGGUCCAGAAUGACUUCCAUUCAGCACUGAAUACUGGGAAAAUAGAAGUCAGCUUUGUUUGGGGGCUUGAAGGAUUAGAUAAAAAGGGAGUUGGUAGAUGGGAUCCUACAAACCUUGGAAAACUUAUUUACGAUGAUACUUUCAACCUUGCUCCUGAAGAAAACCAACAAAGACUCCUCGACAUAUGUGCUGACUUAAGAAACCAAGAUCUGGUUGAGAACAGAGUUGUGACUUGAUGGAUUGAAGAUUUUGUGGCAACUCAAGGAGGAGGAUCUCCUGUCUCAGAAGCUAGUUUUUACACUCAACUUCAGGCAUAUAUUUCCACUAGUCAAGGAAAUGAAUAUUAUACUCAGAAUCUGAUUGGAUACUUCGAUGGCAAACUUCAUUUUACUCAGAUCGUUGCACUGACUCCUGAGGCUCCCUUUCAAGGAAGGAAGAUAUUGCAUCCAAUUUAUGGAAAAUGGGAGAAACUAAUUGACUCGUAUAACAAUGGCUCUCCAGAAGGACUCAAUAAAGCCUUUCAGACAAGUGGAUAUCAUUGGGCCUGGCUUGAAACUGAGAAUGAGAUGGUUAGAGGAGUCAUAGUAGGGAUCGUCAUCUCUUUAUGUUUUGCAUUCUUAGUCCUUGUGUUCUCAACUCUGAACAUAAUGAUCGCUCUCUACGCAGUCUUAAGUAUCUCAGUCAUUGUCACAUCAGUUAUUGCAGUGAUGGAGCUUAACUCAUGGGGUCUUGGAGUCAUCGAGGCUAUCGCAACUGUCAUGAUUAUUGGAUUCUCUGUGGAUUAUGUGGUCCAUUUAGGCAACCACUAUGUUGAAUGCCCAUUCGAUAGCAGAUAUCAAAGAAUGCAAGAGGCUUUGGCUAGUAUAGGAAUAAGCAUAGUAUCUGGAGCAAUUACAACUAUCGCUAGUGGAAUCUUCUUGUUUGCAGCUGUAAUAAUCUUUUUCACAAAGUUUGCAGUCCUCGUAGUCUCAACAAUUUGCUUCUCUAUAUACUGCUCUCUUUUCCUGUUUACCAGCUUGAAUCAUUUCAUUGGUCCAGAGAAGCAUUUCGGUGAUCUGAAGUAUUAUAUCGUGUCUCCAUUAUGGAAAAAGAUCAAAGAAAUAUUUAAUAAUUGAAGAAGCAAAGCCCCUCAGCCAGAGCCUAAUCCAGAGCAUAAUUCAAGCCAGGAGGCUCAUUAA